CCAAUUGACGCCUCUCCCUCCCUCCGUUCAGCUUCAAUUCCGUCAAAUCAUAGUUGAUCUGGCAGCCAGCGGUACAUGCGUCGUUUAUUGGGAGCGCAAUUAGCCUCUGCUGUGGCCGCUUUCUGAGGUCCGGAACGAGGGAAAAGAACAUCUGGAAGGGUCGCCGCUUCACCGAAAACUAGCAAACGAGUCUUCAACCGCGACAACGCAAAAAAACCCCACAGAAAUGGACGAAAAGGCGUUUACGAAAGAACUUGACCAGUGGAUCGAGCAGCUCAACGAAUGCAAGCAGCUGUCUGAGGGACAAGUGAAAACACUAUGUGAAAAGGCAAAGGAGAUCCUCACGAAGGAGUCAAAUGUCCAGGAGGUGAGAUGUCCGGUGACGGUGUGUGGUGACGUGCACGGCCAGUUUCAUGACCUCAUGGAGCUGUUCAAGAUCGGAGGAAAAUCUCCAGACACAAACUACUUGUUCAUGGGAGACUACGUGGACAGAGGGUACUACUCCGUGGAAACCGUCACUUUACUAGUAGCACUUAAGGUACGCUUCCGAGAGCGCAUCACAAUCCUCAGAGGGAACCACGAGAGCAGACAGAUCACACAGGUGUACGGCUUCUAUGACGAGUGCCUAAGGAAAUAUGGGAACGCCAACGUUUGGAAGUACUUCACAGACCUGUUUGAUUACCUCCCCCUCACUGCCUUGGUAGACUCCCAGAUUUUCUGCCUUCAUGGAGGCCUGUCACCGUCCAUAGAUACGUUGGAUCACAUUAGGGCUCUGGACCGUUUACAGGAAGUGCCACAUGAGGGUCCCAUGUGUGACCUGCUGUGGUCAGACCCUGAUGACCGCGGUGGCUGGGGCAUCUCUCCUCGAGGAGCUGGCUACACAUUUGGUCAGGACAUCUCUGAGACUUUCAACCACGCCAACCGCCUCACACUGGUGUCCCGUGCCCACCAGCUGGUUAUGGAGGGAUACAACUGGUGCCAUGAAAGGAAUGUGGUGACAAUAUUUAGUGCUCCCAACUACUGCUACCGCUGUGGCAACCAGGCAGCUAUCAUGGAACUAGACGACACCCUCAAAUACUCCUUUUUGCAGUUUGAUCCGGCGCCUCGCAGAGGGGAGCCUCACGUCACCCGCCGCACCCCAGACUACUUCCUGUAAACUCCGACCUCCGACCCUUGUACAGUUGAGUCCAGUAUUGCCAUGAUAUACGACUUUCAACCGAUACCAAUGAGCGGGAGGGUGGGGGACUAGGGGGCUACACAGCAGUGCACAUUGUAUAUCCACACAAAGACCUAUUUAAGCAUUUAGCAACAAAAAAAAAAAAACAAUGUCUGUGUCUAUGGAUGGACCAAAAGAUGUGUGCCAUAAUCAUUACAAUAUUCAUUGCUGAGGACUUGUAUUCAAAAUCUCCCCCACUAUAUAAAGCAACAGUGAUGUUUAACUUCCUUCUCCUGUAAAUGUGUAGCUGGACUGAAUGGCACCGUGGUCCAAGACAAAAAAAAUUUGCUACUUCAAAUGCGGCUGUUUGAGUCCCACGCGCCAUGGCUUCUAUCGAUUAGAUCUGAUUAUGAUCUGUUUGCACUUUUGUAAAUUUAAAGAAAUGUAACAUAUGUCAGAAGAUAAAAAAAAAAGAUUUCACACUACAAAUGUUCUUUCUUUUUUCCUUUUUUGAUUUUUUAAAAAUAAAGCCCCCAUCAGGCAACUUUACACAAGGUUUUUCUUUGUCCUGUUACUUUUAAGGAAAACCCUUCUUAUGCAGUCACCCAGCUUGGUGUAUAUGAGUGACAGAUGAUGGAGUGUUCAUCCACAUCAACUCACCAACUCCCUCUGAACUUACAGAAUCUGUAUUAACCAAACUAUUUGAAUAAUAAAGACAAAGGUGGCUUCUUGA